AUGGAAAUUUUAAAAAAUAUGAUGGAAUUUAAGAAAAAAUUUAAUAUUACAAUAAAAGAAGGUAAGUAUUUAUUAAGACAUUUAAGAGAGUAUAAGUAUUUUAAGAUAUUUAUAUAUGACAGUAAAAAUGUUAUGUCGAUUUUUAGAUUUAAAAAAUCAAUAUUAACUAAUACACAAAAAUUAAGAAUUGAAUAUGAUAAAGAAACACUCACUAAAGAAGCUAAAAAAAUUAUAUCUGGUUUUAUAAAUGAAUCUUUUUCAUUGGAUAUUUUGGUUAAAAAUGAUAUUUUUAAUGAUCAAGUCAAUAUAAUUGGUGAAUAUAAAAUUGAAGUGCUUUAUAAAUUUACUGAAGAGCUUAUUAAUGAGUUUUUAACAUCUUUCUUUGCUUUACAAAAUAUUAAUAAAAACGCAAAAGAUUUAAUAGAUGAACUAAAAAGAGUUGAAAAAUUAUAUUUAUUAAAAAAUAUUAAUGAAAUUAAAAAUAAAUGUAAAUUAUCAUCAGAAACAGGAUUAGAUCAUUUUGAAUAUUUUCAAAUACAAAUUAAUAAUAAGUUAUUAGGAGGAAAUAUUUAUUUAAAAGAAAAUUUUGAAACAAAGAUUGAAAAUUUACAAAAUGGUAAAUUUAAUUAUACUGAAUAUUGGGUUGACCAACUAAAAAGUGACUCUGAAAGCAAAUAUGUUUAUAGCAAUGAUUUUGAAAAAUAUUUUGAAGAUAUUAAUAAUUCAUUAUACAGAUUUAUUUGUAGUAAAAAAAAUUUGUUAACAAUUGUUGAUAAUAUUUUUAAAUUUUUUGAAUUUAAAAAUAAUAUUAAUCAUCUUCUGUUUAAAAACCAACUAGAUUGGUUUUAUAAUGUUAAAAUUAAGUUAGAAAUAAUUUUAGCAAAAAUUGAACUAAUUAGAGUCAAUGUUUUUUCAGAAACUGAAAUUUUUGAAAAAUUUGAAAAAAUAUAUGGUAUGUUUGGAUUUAUUUAUCUGUCAGUGGAAUAUAUAAGUUUAAUAGAAUUUGAACCAAAAUACUUAGAAAAUCUCAAUGGACUGUUUAAUAUUAUUUAA